GAGCCAAACAAACCAGAUCAGCUCCGAACAAAACAAACAGAAACGAAACGCACACAGCUGCUAUUUCCUGCACAUUCGGCAGCAGUAGCUCAUUCAUUGCAAAAGGAGUUUGAGUUUUCUUUGUAUCUGCGUUAAACUAAAUAAGCUUGCGUAUAAUAUUUUUUUCACGCGACUAAGUUUAGCGCACAUGCUUUCGCGCGUUCCCUUUUAGCUAUCUGCUAACAGCUAAUCGACCGGGGUCAGGGAGUUCCACUUUCGGUCAGAUUCUCAUUCUAGCCCGAGGUUCCAGAGGCCUUCGAGAUAACAGCAACAGAGGUGCAGAAUGUCAGACUCAGACAGUGAUGAGGACCAGGACCGGCCCUUCCACCUAACAGGGUUUCUCUUUGGAAACAUAAAUGAGAAUGGACAGCUGGAAGAUGACAGUGUUCUGGAUAUGGAGUCAAAGAAGCACUUAGCUGGUCUGGGCUCUCUGGGUUUGGGUUCACUUAUUACAGAGAUCACAGCCAGUGAGGAGGACACGGCUGAGCAAGAGCAAGACCAGAGCAACACUGACGCAGAGGGAUGGGUAAGGAGCACAGAAGAUGCAGUUGAUUACUCUGAUAUCAGUGAAGUUGCAGAAGAUGAAACCCGCAAAUACAGACAGGCCAUGGGCAACCUGCAGCCAUCACGGAGAACAGAUGAAGAGGAAGAUUACGAUGCUGAUUGUGAAGAUGUUGAUGCCAAACUCAUGCCGCCUCCCCCUCCCCCUAGUCAGCCAACCCCUGCCAAGAAAGAAGACACGGCCACUCAGAACAGCAGUGCGACAGAUGAAGGUGAUGGCAUUAUCCUACCUUCCAUCAUCGCUCCAUCGUCGGUGGGUGAUAAGGUUGAUUUCAGCAGUUCAUCAGACAGCGAGAGUGAGAGCGAUCGGCCGUCUCAGGGUUCAGGGACAGGAGGACAGGCAGGGUGUCUUACCCUCCCUCUUGCGGGCAUUAUGCAGAAAGAUGCUGCUAAAGCCCUGCCUGGAGUCACAGAGCUGUUCCCUGUGUUCAGACCUGGAAGGGUGCUGCGGUUCUUGCGGUUGUUUGGUCCUGGUAAGAACAUGCCAUCAGUAUGGCGAAGUGCUCGCAGGAAACGGAAACGAAAGCAGAGAGAGCCACAAUCAGACAUGGCUACAGGUGACAACGAAUCACAGCCACCUGAGCCAGGGGCUAAGAAAAAGUCAGGAUGGGACUAUGAGUAUGCACCACCUCCACCACCGGAGCAGUGUUUGUCUGAUGAUGAGAUCACCAUGAUGGCUCCGGUGGAGUCUAAGUUCCUACAAGUGUCUGGUGAAGGUGAUAAGGUGUCUGAAGUAAGGCCAAAGGUGGCUGAGUGGCGUUAUGGUCCAGCACAGCUUUGGUAUGACAUGCUUGGCGUCCCAGAGGAUGGCAGUGGCUUCCAUUAUGGGUUUAAACUCAGAGAUGACCAAAAGCAAGACACUACAGAUACAGAAGCUAAAACUGCAAACCCUCCAGCUGCUGAACCAGUCAGUGAGCAGGAAUCACCCCAAGAAACACAUGCUGAGCAGGAGGAUGAAGUGUCUCCGAUGCAGGAUGAGCUGUUUUUAAUGGUGACGCAGCUGCAGUGGGAGGAAGAUAUUAUCUGGAAUGGAGAGGAGGUGAAGCACAAGGGCACCAAAACUCAGCGUGCCAGUCUGGCUGGGUGGCUGCCUACUAGCAUGACCCGCAAUGCCAAUGCUUACAACGCUCAGCAGGGUCUAAGUCGCAGUAAUUCUCUGUUGGUUCCCCCAACCCCACCACCUUUGGCCAAAACUCCAUCAAUAUCAGGCUCUAAGAGGGACAAACAUAAUCAUGAUCAUCAAGGUACUGGCCUCUGUUUGUUCUCCGCUCACGAGGAUGAUACCCCAUGGUUCUCCAUAUUCCCGAUUGAUAGCGAGGAGCUUGUUUAUGGUCGUUGGGAAGACAACAUAAUCUGGGAUGACCAGAGCGUGGACUGCCUCCCUUCUCCUCCCAUUCUUACCCUUGACCCCAAUGACGAAAACAUCAUACUUGAGAUUCCAGAUGAAAAAGAGGAGAGAGCCUCUCAUUCACCCUCCAAAGAAAACAAGAAAGAGACAGCACUGAAAAAAAGUCGCAUUCUGUUGGGAAAGACUGGUGUCAUCAAAGAUGAACCUCAACAGAAUAUGUCCCAACCGGAGAUUAAAGAUCCUUGGAAUCUGUCCAACGAUGAGUACUACUACCCCAAACAGCAGGGGCUUAGGGGCAGCUUUGGAGGAAACAUCAUCCAGCACUCCAUUCCUGCUGUUGAGUUGAGGCAGCCCUUCUUCCCCACUCAUAUGGGACCUAUGAAACUACGGCAGUUCCAUCGGCCUUCCCUUAAAAAGUACUCAUUUGGAGCACUGUCCCAGCCUGGCCCACAUCCAGCCCAGCCUCUCCUCAAACAUAUCAAGAAGAAGGCUAAGAUGCGAGAGCAGGAACGUCAGGCAUCAGGUGGAGGGGACAUGUUUUUUAUGCGCACAGCUCAGGAUCUGACGGGCAAAGACGGAGACCUGAUUUUGGCUGAAUAUAGCGAGGAGUAUGCUCCCCUUCUCAUGCAAGUUGGCAUGGCAACCAAAAUCAAGAACUACUACAAAAGAAAACCAGGUAAAGAUCCAGGAGCACCUGACUGUAAGUACGGAGAGACCGUUUACUGUCACACUUCACCAUUCCUGGGAUCAUUGCACCCUGGACAACUACUGCAGGCCUUUGAAAAUAACUUGUUCAGAACUCCUAUCUACCUACAUAAGAUGCCUGAGACUGAUUUCCUGAUUAUCCGGACAAGGCAGGGCUACUUUAUCCGAGAGCUUGUGGACAUAUUUGUUGUGGGUCAGGAGUGCCCUCUUUAUGAAGUGCCAGGACCCAACUCUAAACGAGCCAACACACACAUUCGUGAUUUCCUACAGGUGUUCAUCUAUCGGCUCUUUUGGAAGAGUAAAGAUCGCCCUCGUCGCAUACGUAUGGAGGACAUAAAGAAAGCUUUUCCUUCUCACUCCGAGAGCAGCAUCCGCAAACGCCUCAAACUCUGUGCUGACUUUAAACGAACAGACAGGAGAAUUGACAGAUGCAGGAAGUAUUUUUCCUGGUACUGGGAAGGCAUGGAUUCUAACUGGUGGGUGCUAAAACCUGAUUUUCGGCUUCCUACUGAAGAGGAGAUCAGAGCGAUGGUCUCUCCAGAGCAGUGUUGUGCGUACUACAGUAUGCUGGUGGCAGAGCAGAGACUAAAGGAUGCUGGUUAUGGUGAGAAAUCUUUUUUUGCACCCGAGGAAGAGAAUGAGGAGGAAUUCCAGAUGAAGAUUGAUGAUGAGGUACGCACUGCCCCGUGGAACACCACUCGGGCAUUCAUUGCUGCCAUGAAGGGGAAGUGUCUCUUGGAGGUCACAGGGGUCGCUGACCCCACUGGCUGUGGAGAAGGAUUCUCAUACGUUAAAAUUCCUAACAAACCCACUCAGCAGAAGGAUGAUCGAGAGCCCCAGCCAGUGAAAAAGACAGUGACAGGGACUGAUGCGGAUCUGAGACGUUUGUCGCUCAAAAAUGCCAAACAGUUGCUCCGCAAGUUUGGAGUUCCUGAGGAAGAGAUAAAGAAACUUUCCCGUUGGGAGGUUAUCGAUGUCGUGAGGACCAUGUCUACUGAACAAGCUCGUUCAGGGGAGGGGCCUAUGAGUAAAUUUGCUCGUGGGUCUCGAUUCUCUGUAGCGGAACAUCAGGAACGUUACAAAGAGGAGUGCCAGAGGAUCUUUGACCUGCAGAACAAAGUAUUGGAGUCCACAGAGGUAUUAUCGACGGACACUGACAGCAGUUCAGCAGAGGACAGUGAUUUUGAGGAGAUGGGCAAGAACAUUGAGAACAUGCUGCAGAAUAAGAAGACCAGCUCUCAGCUGAGCAGAGAGAAAGAAGAGCAGGAGAGAAAAGAACUGCAGCGGAUGCUGAUGGGAGAGGACAAUGAUAGAGAAAGAGGCCGCAAAGAAAGACGCAAAGGCUCAAGUGCCCUUUCCACCAGCUCUCACAAAGAUGAUGACGCUUCCUCCGUCACUAGCCUGAACUCUUCAGCAACAGGGCGAAGGCUUAAAAUUUAUCGCACCUUCUGUGAUGAGGACGGCAAAGAGUAUGUGCGCUGUGAGACAGUACGCAAACCGUCUGUUAUUGACGCUUACUUGCGUAUACGUACCACUAAGGAUGAUGAGUUCAUUCGCAAGUUUGCACUAUUCGAUGAGCAGCACAGGGAGGAGAUGAGAAAGGAACGGCGAAGAAUUCAGGAGCAGCUGCGGCGCCUCAAACGAAACCAGGAGAAAGACAAAUUUAAAGGUCCACCUGAGAAAAAGGCAAAGAAAGCCAAAGAACGACCAGACCUGAAGCUGAAAUGUGGAGCUUGUGGUGCUAUUGGCCACAUGAGGACCAAUAAGUUUUGCCCGUUGUACUACCAAACCAAUGCCCCGCCCUCUAAUCCGGUGGCAAUGACAGAAGAGCAGGAAGAGGAGCUCGAGAAGACUGUGAUCCACAAUGACAAUGAAGAACUUAUUAAAGUGGAAGGAACCAAGAUUGUGCUUGGAAAGCAGCUCAUUGAGAGUGCUGAUGAAGUGCGGAGGAAAUCUCUGGUUCUGAAGUUCCCCAAGCAGCAGCUUCCUCCUAAAAAGAAGAGACGUGUGGGGACAACCGUGCACUGUGACUACCUCAAUGUAAGACGUCCUCAUAAGUCCAUCCAUCGUAGAAGGACAGACCCCAUGGUCACACUCUCUUCAGUGCUGGAGAGCAUCAUUAAUGACAUGAGGGACCUUCCUAAUACAUACCCGUUUCACACUCCUGUGAAUGGCAAAGUGGUUAAGGAUUAUUACAAGAUCAUCACACGGCCGAUGGACCUGCAGACGUUGCGUGAAAAUGUUCGCAAGCGCAUGUACCCUUCACGAGAAGAGUUCAGAGAGAGUGUUGAACUCAUCUACAAAAACAGCGCUACGUACAAUGGUGCAAAGCAUCCUUUAACCCUUGUCAGUCAAGCAAUGUUGAAUCUGUGUGAUGAGAAAAUCAAAGAGAAAGAAGAGCGUUUGGUUCGUUUGGAGAAAGCCAUUAAUCCCCUUCUGGAUGAUGAUGAUCAGGUCGCUUUCUCCUUCAUCCUCGAUAACAUUGUCACACAGAAGAUGAUGGCCGUACCUGACUCCUGGCCCUUCCAUCAUCCAGUAAAUAAGAAAUUUGUUCCUGAUUAUUAUAAAGUCAUCAUCAACCCCAUGGAUCUGGACACCCUCCGUAAGAACAUCUCCAAGCACAAGUAUCAGAACCGAGAGGUGUUUCUUUCUGAUGUCGGCCUCAUUCACACCAACAGUGUCAAGUACAAUGGACCUGAUAGUCCUUACACCAGAACAGCUCUGGAAAUUGUAAACGUCUGUAAGCAGACUCUAGCAGAGUAUGACGAACACCUUACUCAACUGGAAAAGGACAUCUCUACUGCUAAAGAAGCUGCUCUGGAUGCUGCAGACCUUGAGAGCUUAGACCCCUUGACCCCUGGACCGUACACACCUCAGCCUGAUGUGUGUGAGAACAGUGUGUCUGUGAGUUUGCAGGGAGAUUCUAGUCUGUUAGCUGAGGCUACGCUAAUCCCUCCCACCCCUGAGAAAAGAGGGGGGCAGGGUCGUCACGGCAGAGGCCGAAUGGGCGAGGAUGAGUCUGAUGUGGACAUUGAAGGAUUUGAGGAAGAUGAUGAUGGCAAACCUAAAACACCUGCUCCGGCUGAAGAGGGUGAUCUGGAUGAUGAAGAUGAGGAGGAUGAUGAAGAUGAUCUCCUAAUGCGGCCCCAGAGGCGUAUGCAUAGGGAUGAGGAGGAGGAAGAGGAUGAUGAAAUCUCCAGCCGGCCAGCACAGGCCAGUGUGCUCUACCAGGAUCUGCUGAUGUCAGAUGCAGAAGACGACGCUAGCGAGGAGGAAGGCGAUAAUCCAUUCUCCUCUAUCCAACUGUCAGAGAGUGGCAGUGACAGUGAUGCUGAACUGGGGCAUCAGGAGAGCACCCGGAUUGGACUAGAGCAGGAAGAGAGCAUGAUGUCUUAUGAGGGGGAGGGACCUGAUGGGGUAACGCACAUGGAUGACAGCAAUGUCAGCUAUGGCAGCUAUGAUGAUGGAGACAGUCAGAUGCAUAGGCAUGUGUCCAGCCCCAGGACAGGAGAACGAGAUGGAGAGGAGGUGUACGGGAUUAGUGAAGAGGAAGAGGAGGAGGAAGAUGAACGGAGACGAGGUCCUAGUGUUCUCACACAGGCACAGCUCAGUGAUGAUGAUGAGGACAGUGAAGAAUUCAGAUCCGUUGGAGGAGACAGUGACAUGGAUUCUGACAACUAACACAUGCUUAUUCCUCUUCUGUCAUAUUCUCUGUGUGUACCUGUCCUGGAGGUGAUCAUGGUGUUGCACAUAACUGUAUAUUUCGUCCUACUCUUAUAGUUGUUUUACAUGUUGUUAUUUUUAUAUGACUUAUUGAUCCCGUUUGAGGGACUCGCACAACUUUUGUGAUGUGGAAAAUAAAUUAUGUAUCUGAA